AUGGCCUCCUUCCAGAUCUUGUCCGACUUACAUCUCGAACACAAUAACUACUCAAAAUAUCGCAUUGCACCACUGGCACCAUACCUGGCGUUAAUUGGCGAUAUCGGAUGUGUCAAAGAUCCCGGCUACAUUGGCUUUGUCAGAAACUUGCUGAGCCAAUUUCGCGUUGUCUUCUAUGUUCUUGGCAACCACGAGCCUUAUGGCUCUAGCUGGGAUAACGCAUGGGAGACGUUGGACAAAUUCGAAAGAGUAAAUCGAAAUGAACGGGAGAAGGAUCCUCAAAGCGGUGUUGGCGAGUUUGUGUUUAUGUAUCAGCGACAAUACCAAAUUCCCGACAGCCACAUAACAGUACUGGGAUGCACACUAUUCUCCAAUAUCCCAUCAUCAAAGAUGACGCCAGUCAGCAACGGCUUGAAUGACUUCCGCGAAAUAGAUGGCUGGACUGUCGAAGAACAUUGUCAACUGCACAAGCAAGACCUAGCCUGGUUGAAUAGCAGAGUGAACGCCAUUUCCGCCGACUCUGACCGCAAGAUUGUCAUCUUCACGCACUACAGUCCGACUGAAGACGCCCGUGCUGUUGAGCCUUGUCAUGCUCAAAGUAACAUCAAAUCUGGUUUCCAAACAGACUUGCGAAGCGAAGAUUGUUGGAAGAGCUCUAAUGUCAAGGUUUGGGCAUUCGGUCAUACACACCACAAAUGCGACUUCGUGGACGAGGCGACAGGGAAGCGACUCUACACCAAUCAGAAGGGCUACUCGCAAGAAAACUCUCCGGGCUUCAGGGAAGGAGACGUGGUUCACGUCGACUGA